AUGUCAACACAAAUGGAAUAUCGAUCAACUAAUCCAGCCAAAAGACAAAGACUUGAUUCACUCAACUCCACAGGUAGUUCACAUUUCAAAUUAGAACUAUCUAAUGGAGCUAGUCCCAAUAUGUCGUUUUCAAAUGGUCAUACAAAUAACGUAGAUAAUGGGGUACGGAAAUUUGAAGUAAUUGAACUAUCUUCUGACGAUGACGAUGAUAUCCUCUUUACCACUAAAAAGGUUUCUCCUAACAAAGCUGGUCAUGGAUUCAAAUUGGAAAAUAGUAUAAAUAUUGAUAGCGACGAUAGUGACGAUGAGAUUAUUAUCUUAUCGGAAAAGAAAGUAACGAAUAAUACUCCUAAACCAAAGGCACCAAUUAAUGUGAAUAUCCCCGACAACAACAACGACUACAAUCUUAAAUCUGACCCAGGUGUUCAACUAGAGCCACACCCAGUACCGCAACAGAACACCCGAGCAGAACCCGCCGGUACUCACAUUAAUGUGAACAACCAAAAUCUACAACUAACCGAAUCAAAUCUGCAACGUCAUAUUCAACCUGCACCAAGCAACAUCAACAAUAAUCAAGCUACUUCUCUUUUUCAGCCAUCUACAGGCACCUUCAAUUCACAACAAAAUCACAUGCAGGUGACACCAGCCACCUUCAACAAUCAUCAGCCUGCGACUCAAGUUCCCCCUCCCUUUACCGGUUAUAUCAACAUGCCAGGCACAUUCAAUCAGCCCGCUCCUGUACCACAUGUAGGCGAUGACCUAGCCCAAGUUGGUCGUGAUGAAUUAAAACAGAGGGAAACUGCAAAACUAAAUGAAUUUGGUAAGUUGGAACAAAUCAAAAGAACAAUAACAGGGCAAAUGCAACUUCAACAACAGGAAUUUGAAGUUUCAAGUCUGCGAAUGCUGAAUUUGAAGUCGCAACUAAGUCAAGCCAAUAGACUAGGGAACCAUAGUCUCGUGGAAAGGUUGAGAGUAGCGAUCACAAAAAUUCAACGAGCUAUGAAUACUGCACGUAAUAAUAUAAAUGCAUACCAACGUUCCCUAGAUCCCGUUGAAGCCAGCUUACAGACAGUAAGGCAGACCUUGGCAGGUAUUACCAACAGAUUGCGUACAGCAAGUCAUCAAGUAAAUGCGGCUUUCAAUCCUUAUGAGGCAGAGAUUUUUCGAGAUGCAAGAGCACAAGGGAGUGUCUUGAGUGGUGCCGAUGUUGAUGUGCAGGAUUUACUAGAUAACAUUGUAUCUGAUGAAAAAUUGGAGGAAGGUUUGGAACCAACGCCACCGGAAAUGACAAUUAAAUUGUUGAAGCAUCAAAGUAUGGGACUAGCAUGGUUGAAACGUAUGGAGGAAUCUAAAACCAAAGGAGGUAUAUUAGCUGAUGACAUGGGGUUGGGUAAAACUGUACAAGCAUUGGCUCUAAUACUUGCAAACAAACCCAAAGUUGCCGAUAGAAAGACGACAGUAAUUGUUGCCCCUGUCUCUUUACUUCGACAAUGGGCUGCUGAAAUACAAUCCAAGACGCAACCUUCAUGUAAUUUACGAGUGGGUAUUUAUCAUGGUGAAGAUCGCAAAAUCAUGUCUACUGUCCUGGCGUUGAAAAAAUACGACAUAGUAUUAGUAUCAUAUGGGACUUUGGCAUCCGAAUGGAAGAGACAUUACGCAAAAGAGCUAGGGGAAAAUGCUGAUGAAGGAAGGGGGUUUUUACCGAAACAUGGGACUGGAGGUACUGAUUACGAUUCUCCGUUUUUCUCCUCUAAUGCAUUAUUUUAUCGAGUCAUAUUGGAUGAAGCUCAAAACAUAAAGAAUAAAGUAGCAAUUGCAUCCAAGGCUGUUCUAUACUUGAAAGCAGAGUAUAGACUCUGCUUAACAGGUACUCCAAUGCAAAAUAAAAUUGAAGAAUUGUAUCCCAUUAUUCGCUUUAUAAAGCUUAGACCAUAUUAUAUUGAAGACAAGUUUAGGGCACUUGUGAUACCUUUAAAAUCAAAGUCUGAUGAAUUUGAUGAUGUUGAUAGAUCUCACUGUAUGAGGAAAUUACGAGCCAUGUUGAGUUCAGUCUUGUUGAGACGAACAAAGACGUCGAAAAUUGAUGGUCAACCAAUUUUGAACUUGCCCAAAAAACAUGUAAUUUCCGAUUACGUAGAAUUGGAAAGUGAUGAAAUGAGCUAUUAUAAUGAAGUUGAAUCUGGAAUUCAACAACAAGCUGAGCAGAUGUUGGCCUCAAAAAAAGAUCAUGGAUGUAUGUUUACUCUUUUGUUAAGAUUGAGACAAGCUUGUUGUCAUCAAUAUCUUGUUGAAAUUGGAAAUAUCAAAGCAGAGCGGAAGCAGCAACUUGAAGACGCUGUUUUGAAAUUAGAUUGGAGAAAACAAUUGAGAACUGUAUUGGGAUUGAAUGAGGGUAUAAUUUCUCAAAUUAAAGAGAAUGUGGCAUCUUUGUCAAGUAGUGAGCUGACUUGUUCUUUUUGUUAUGAUGUUGAAGAGUUGAGCAAUUUUGCCGUAUUGGGAGAAUGUGGACACUUUGUUUGUCUCGCUUGUCUUGAUACAUUUUUUGAUGAACGUGCCGCUGAAGCUAGUGAAUCAAUAGGUAGAAUUGCCACAUGCAUCGAUUGUAAUGCCACCGUGAAACAUAUAAAUACUUUUGAAUACACCAUGUUUGAAAAACUACAUAUAUGUCAAGACACUAUGGCAGAUGUCGAGGGGUUUUACCAAGAUCGACAACGAAGUAAUAACAUGUCAAAUAUGACUAUAAUUCGUGAAUUGACGGCCAGAGACCAAGGAUUUGAACCAUCGGCCAAAAUUGAAAAAUCAAUUGAGUUGAUUAAAAAUAUUCAAAAAUCCAACCCGGGUCAAAAGAUCAUCGUUUUUUCCCAAUUUGUCACCUUGUUUGAUUUAAUGAAGUUUGUUUUAGAUUAUCAAAAAAUUCCAUUUUUAAGAUACGAUGGAUCAAUGUCUAUUGAGAAUAAAAACACCGUAAUUAAACAAUUUUAUCAAAAUGAAGCUGAUGUGUUACUAAUUUCAUUACGUUCCGGUAACGUGGGAUUAACUUUAACUUGUGCUAAUCAUGUCAUAUUGAUGGAUCCAUUUUGGAAUCCUUUUGUGGAAGAUCAAGCAAUGGAUCGAGCUCAUCGUAUUGGACAAGAGCGUGAAGUACAUGUGCAUCGAAUCUUGGUGGCAAAUACUGUUGAAAGUCGUAUUAUUGAGUUGCAAGAGAAUAAAAGACGAUUGAUUGGUGAUGCGUUGGAUGAAAGGGAAUUGAAAUCGAUUUCAAGGUUGGGAAGAAGAGAACUUGGUUUCUUGUUUGGUUUGAAUGGAUUAGUUGAAAGAUCAGGUUAG